AUGGGUGCUCGAAAGAAAGAGGCCGCCCGCCGUGAGCGGCAGGGGCAGUCGACAGAUGGCAUGGCAAAUGUCAAGGUCAAGGGCGAGAACUUCUAUCGCAAUGCCAAAAAGCUGAAGACCCUGAACAUGCUGAAGGACGGCAAAGCACAGCGAAAUGCCGAAGGCAAGAUCACGAAAGCCGCCUCUUACCAAUCCCGCGAAAUCCCCAAGGCCCGAGUUGAGCCUAAUCGGAAGUGGUUUGGGAAUACGAGAGUCAUAUCUCAAAAUGCACUGGACUCUUUCAGACAAGCUGUGGCGGAGCGAGCGGCCGAUCCAUACCAGGUCCUGCUGAAGACGAACAAACUACCCAUGAGCUUGAUUCGAGAUGCCGAGAACACCAAGAACGGAAUCAAACAACAUCAAGCGAAGAUUGCAGUGGAGUCUGCUCCGUUUGCCGACACAUUCGGUCCAAAGUCCCAGCGGAAGCGUGUGAAGCUAAGCGCCAGCUCUGUGGCGGAUUUGGCCGACGAGUCGGUGAAAAUGCACGAUAACUACCUCGACCGACUGGAAGAGAACAAACUGCUCAGUGGACAAACUGCAGAACAAAUGCAGGGACAAGAAGACGGUGAACUCACGAGUGCCCGUGAGCCGAUCUUCUCGAAGGGCCAAAGCAAAAGGAUAUGGAACGAGCUAUACAAGGUCAUUGACUCGUCCGACGUGGUUAUUCAUGUUCUGGAUGCUCGAGACCCUGAGGGCACAAGAUGUAGGAGCGUGGAAAAAUACAUCCGCGAGGAGGCACCGCACAAGCACUUGGUGUUCGUGUUGAAUAAGUGCGAUCUGGUGCCGACGAGCAUAGCGGCCCAAUGGACGAGAUUACUCUCAAAAGAAUAUCCUACGUUGGCUUUUCAUGCGUCGAUGACGAACUCUUUUGGGAAAGGUUCGCUGAUCACGCUCCUCCGACAAUUUUCUACGCUGCAUUCGUCGCGGAAACAGAUCUCGGUAGGGUUCAUCGGGUAUCCAAACACCGGCAAAUCCUCGAUCAUCAAUACGCUACGAAAGAAGCGGGUUUGUACCGUCGCUCCGAUUCCUGGCGAGACCAAAGUUUGGCAAUAUAUCACAUUAAUGAAGAGAAUCUAUUUGAUCGACUGUCCCGGGGUUGUUCCACCCAGUCAAGGCGAUACCGAAGAAGAUAUCCUGCUCCGUGGGGUGGUGCGUGUGGAGAAUGUCGAACAUCCCGCACAAUACGUCGAGGCCGUUCUGAGGCGAACGAAGACCCGCCAUAUCGAACGGACCUACGAUAUCAAGGCUGCCGAUUAUAACGACGAUCCGGUUGAGUUUCUCAGUAUUCUCGCAAGAAAAGGCGGGAGACUACUGAAAGGUGGCGAGCCCGAUGUGGAUGGUGUUGCCAAGAUGGUCCUGAAUGAUUUUCUACGGGGGAAGAUUCCCUGGUUCACGCCGCCGCCGAAGAAAGAGGGAGUCGACGGCACAGAUGACGAUCCUUCGACAGAAGUGAUUGAAGGUAGAGAAGGACGAUUAGGCGAGAUGCCCGGCAAAAGGAAGGCCGACCAACUUGCUCCGGAUAGCGAGAGUUCCCUUGCGCCAGGUGCAGAACAGGACUCAUCCGUCAGUGACGACGACGAAGAUGAUGAUGAUGCGAGCAGCGAAGAACCAUCCGAUGAUUUUGCGGGCUUUGACGACGAAGAUGAUGACUCUAAGUGA